GGCCCCGCCUCAUCCGCUCACUCCCGGGACUCGCCCCCACCACAGCCGCCGCAGCGAUGGAUGGAGAUGGUGAUCCAGAGUGUGUGAGCCACCCCGAAGAGGCUAGCCCAGAGGAGCAGCCAGAGGAGACGGGCGCCGAGGCGAGUGCGGAGGAGGAGCAGCCCCGGGAGGAGGAGGAGGAAGAGGCGGAGGCCGCGGAGUACCUGGCGGAGUUGCCCGAGCCACUGCUGCUGCGCGUGCUGGUCGAGCUGCCGGCUACGGAGCUGGUGCAGGUCUGCCGUCUGGUGUGCCAGCGCUGGAAGGAGCUGGUGGACAGCGCCCCACUGUGGCUGCUCAAGUGUCAGCAGGAGGGGCUGGUGCCCGAGGGCAGCGCUGACGACGAGCGGGACCACUGGCAACAGUUCUACUUUCUGAGCAAGAGGAGGCGCAACCUGCUGCGGAACCCGUGCGGGGAAGAGGACUUGGAGGGCUGGAGCGACGUGGAGCACGGUGGCGACGGCUGGAGGGUGGAGGAACUGCCCGGAGACAGUGGGGUGGAAUUUACCCAAGAUGACAGCGUUAAGAAGUACUUCGCCUCCUCCUUCGAGUGGUGUCGCAAAGCGCAGGUCGUUGAUCUGCCGGCCGAGGGCUACUGGGAGGAGCUACUGGACACCACCCAGCCUGCCAUCGUGGUGAAGGACUGGUACUCGGGCCGCACGGAUGCGGGCAGCCUGUACGAGCUCAUUGUGAGGCUGCUGUCGGAGCACGAGGACGUGCUGGCGGAGUUCAGUACGGGACCGGUGGCUGUACCAGAGGAUGGCAGCUGGAUGGAGGUCUCCCACACCUUCACAGACUACGGGCCAGGCGUCCGCUUCGUCCGCUUCGAGCACGGAGGGCAGGACUCGGUCUACUGGAAGGGCUGGUUCGGGGCCCGGGUGACCAACAGUAGCGUGUGGGUGGAACCCUGAGCGACCUCCUCCACCCCCACCAUCCGCCCUCUAGGGCAGAAUUCUGGGGUAGAAAGGCCUUAAUUUAGUUGGUAGCAUCCUCACCUGUCUCAUCCACGCCUCUUUCCCGCCCCUUCAUCCAGUCUGGUUCACCCCCCACCCCCACCCCCAGGGGAGAGAAGGAUUUGUUGCUUUACUGUGGGAUGACUUCCAUUUGCAUCUCCACGGGCAGUCGCUUCUAGAAUGUACGGUCCGAGGGGGGUAUGGGGCUGCUGCUGGAUCCCGCGCACCUAGCAUUGUGCCUGCCUCAAAGUGGGCACUCAAUAAAUAUUUGUCCAAAGACGGCAA